UCCUUCUAUACAUAGACGAAAACAGCACUAUUAUUAUUAUUAUUAUAGCAUAUGAUCAAAACCAUAUUGAUCCUCAUAACCCAGAAGGAGGCCACGAAAUUCUUUGUUUCUCCACAUGAAGCCUCAAGCUUCUGACUACCCUCAGUCUGAAAAUUCAAGCCUCAAAGUCUCAAUAAUGGAAACCCAAAGCCAAAAGCCACAAAAACAACCAGUACCAGAAGAUACUAAUCAACAACUCCCACAACAAGCUCCAAAACCUGCAGAUAUUGUCUUGGAUCUAAGCCUCAUAUCCAACAAAAUAUCCGAUCAGAGGUUGAAUACCGAACUCAAUCUCAUCGACUGCGUCGAUUUGAAUAUGUGUUCCGAGACUAGUACUGAUGAUCCUAAAGGUACUAGUCAUGAGCCUAGAAUUUUCUCCUGCAAUUAUUGUCAAAGAAAGUUUUACAGUUCCCAAGCACUUGGAGGGCACCAAAAUGCUCACAAGAGAGAGAGAACACUGGCAAAAAAAGCAGUGGCACACAAGAUUGGUGCAGUCUCAGAUAACUUUAGGCUUCUCUCACACAGAUUCUCUAGCAUGGCUUCUCUCCCUUUGCAUGGCUCUUUCAAUAACAGGUCACUCGGUAUUCAAGUGCAUUCUACAAUUCACAAGCCUUCCUGGUACCAAUCAAGUCUUUAUGGACAUAAUGGCAAUUUUCUGAGACACCCCAUUGAUCAACAACCUGCAAUUGGGCGGCUUGCUGCCGCUGGAUCCAUGUCAUCGUCUUCUUCGAGUGGUGGUGGCAUGGGAAGGUUCGAGACUAGUACUGCUCGGAAGUUUUUUCCGGUGGCUGAAAGAAUUGGACGUUUCUGGUGGAAUAGUAGUGUUAGCCAUUUGAAGACUACGCAAGAUCAUGAGUUGCAGAAGCUUGACUUGUCCCUCAAACUCUAAUUAAGCACUUUCCCAAUCUGUUACUUUUCUAUGAAUUUUCAUUUUUUAAUUUGAAUCCAAGCACCCCUUCUUUUGUUCUCA